AUGACAAAGUUACCUUCGAUUUCAGAAACUGAUACCGUCUACGCAGACGACACUAAACCUUAUAUUUUUGAAAACCCCAAUGACUACCCAAUAGAAACUUUAGUUAACCACAUUUUACCAUUCCCGCAAGAGGUUGCUGGAGAAUCUGUUAAAAUUCCCGGUACUGCUGAGACAGGAUUUUCAGAAAUAUACCGUAACGCAGCCACUCCCAAUGGAAUCAAAUCAGGUUUAAUUCAAGGAUUAGAUACUUAUCAUGCGAUAUUUGAAAAUUCAGCACAGGUAUAUGCUGAUGAACCAUGUCUUGCUUUCCAUGAAUACGACUACGAAAACUCUCAGCAUUUGGAGAGAUACGCUUCAAUCAGCUACAAAGAGGUCCAUGAAAGGAAAAACAAUUUGGCUGCAGGGUUGUUCUUUUUGUUAUCGGCCAACCCGUUCAAAAACAAUUCGUUGGAGUCGCACCGCAAGAUCGAUAGCCAUAGCAAGGAUUAUAAAACUUAUAAUAGCGACAAUUUAUCCUUUGUUGUGACAUUCUAUUCCGGUAAUAGAGUUGAAUGGAUCUUGUCAGAUUUGGCGUGUUCCUCCAACUCAAUCACCUCGACUGCAUUGUAUGACACUUUGGGACAUGAUGCAUCGAAAUAUAUUUUAGAGUCUACUGAAUCCCCAGUUAUCAUUUCCUCCAAAGAACAUAUUCGUGGGUUAAUUGAUUUGAAGAAAGAAGACGCUCAAGGCUUGGCUUCGAUUAUCUUGAUUGUGUCAAUGGAACCUUUAACCCAAAAGGAUCAACACUUGGUGGAUUUUGCUGAGUCAAACAACAUUAAAUUGUAUGAUUUUUCUCAAGUUGAACGUACUGGGGCCAUUUUCCCUCACAAAGAGUGCCCACCAAAUAGCGAGACAGUUUUUACAAUCACCUUCACCUCAGGUACCACUGGUGCAAACCCCAAGGGAGUUCUUUUACCACAAAGAUGUUGUGCUUCAGCAAUAAUUGGUUACAGUGCAUUAGUCCCCCACCAUAAAGGAACUAAAGAAUUUGCGUUUUUGCCGUUAGCUCAUAUUUUUGAAAGACACAUGCUGUCAGCAAUGUUUUUAUUUGGAGGGUCAGUAGCAUUUCCAAGACUAGGUGGAACUCCAUUGACUCUUUUCGAAGAUUUGAAAUUGUGGAAACCAACAUUUAUGGCGAACGUACCAAGAAUAUUUACCAAGAUCGAAGCUGGAAUUAAGGCAACCACGAUUGACUCCACUUCAUCAGUUACUCGCUCUCUUUAUAGCCGAGCCAUUGAAACUAAACGCAGCAGACAAAUAAAAGAUGGUGAAAGUGGCGACCAUUUCGUUUACGAUCAAUUAUUGAUUAAGAAGUUAAGAAAAGCGAUUGGGUUUGACAAUAUGGAAUUUUGCUUUACUGGUGGUGCUCCAAUUUCUCCAGACACUAUCAAGUUUUUGAAAGCAAGUUUGGGUAUUGGUUUUGCUCAAGGUUACGGUAGCAGUGAAUCUUUUGCUGGGAUGUUAAUGUCGUUGCCGUUCAAGCACUCAUCGGUGGGGACCUGUGGAGUUAUUUCACCAACAAUGGAAGCUAGAAUCAGAGAGUUGCCAUCAAUGGGAUACAAUUUAAACGAUGAAAAUGGUCCUCGUGGUGAGUUACAGCUUCGUGGUGCUCAGUUGUUUACCAAGUACUACAAAAACGAAGAGGAAACAAGCAAGGCAAUUGAUAAAGAUGGUUGGUUUUCCACUGGAGAUGUUGCACAAAUCACUGAUGAUGGGUUGUUUAAGAUUAUUGACAGAGUAAAGAACUUUUUCAAAUUGGCACAAGGGGAGUAUGUGACCCCAGAAAAGAUUGAAGGGGUUUAUUUGUCGUCGAAUUCGUUAUUGACCCAACUUUUCGUUCACGGUGACUUUUUACAGACAUAUCUUGUUGGAAUUGUUGGUGUCGACCCUGUUGGUAUCCGCAGCUACAUAAAAACCACGUUUCAGAAAGAUAUCAGCACAAACGAGGAAGUAAUUGCAUUUUUUGAAUCUCCUAAAAAUAGAAGAGUCUUGUUACAAGAUAUCAAUGGAAAUGUUGCUGGUAAACUUCAAGGGUUUGAAAAGAUACAUAAUAUAGAGGUUGCAUUUGAACCAUUAACACUUGACAGAGGGGUUGUGACCCCAACAAUGAAAAUAAGAAGACCAAUAUGUACCAAAUUCUUCAAGAAGGAAAUUGAAAAGUUGUACAACGAAGGGUCUUUAGUUAAAAAUGGUAAUUUGUAG